GAUGGGUGGUGUAUGAUAAAUAUGGUGUGAUCGAGCUGUUAUAGACAUUUUUGCCGAUGAUGCUGAAGUUACUGCUCCUUUGCUUCCUCUGUAAGCCAGCGCCAUAUUAUGCAGAAUCUGUCUCAAACAGAAACAACGAUGUGCACUGCGCCGAGCCGGCCGUGCCUAACGGCCGGCUCCAGCUGGAGCACGCCGUGUACCGGCCCGGCGACCGGGCGCGGCUCAUCUGCCGAGACGGCUUCCAGCUGAAUGGGCCCGACCGGGUCACGUGCUCCGCCGACGGCGGCUGGCGCAGCGCCGCCCACCCGAACGAGAACCGGCUGCCCGCCUGCAGAGAGCUGAGCUGUCCGGAGCCGAGUGACCUGGACUCGGGCCGCUUGGAGGUCGACGGGAUCCGUACCGACGACGGCGAGCGCUUUAAACACGGAGCCAUCGCCAUCUACCGGUGCGAUGAGGGAUUUCACCUUCCGGAGGGCGCCGCGUCUCAGCGCGUGUGCACCAGCGGCGCCUGGCGCGGUGACGAACCCGUCUGCGGUACGUGUCAUGACGUGCACUGCCGCGCCGUCUACCGCUGCAACCCGGCGCACGUGCUGGUUGGCACCGACACGUACCAGUGCAUGACGAGCGGCGAGUGGUCGCCGCCGUACGCCUGCUCGGAGGGCACGCGCGACCGCGUGUCGCCGUGCCGGCCGCAGCGGCUGACGUGCUGGCGCGGCCGCUGGCUGGGCGUGCGGCGCGCCUGGAAGCCUCUGCGUCGGCCGCCACCGCCGCCGCCGCCCGGUCCCGGACGGCCAGAGGACGCAGACCGCGUGGCGCUCAUCGCCUACCCGGAGGGCUCGCAGUACGUGCUGCCCACGUACGAGGAGGCGGUGCGCGCCGAGCGGGCGGCGGCGCCGGCGUUCGCCGAGCCGGCGGCCGGCGCCCAGCCCCACCGGCCGCACCACCACCGCAGCCUGCCGCCGGCCGCGCGACGCGAGCGCCUCUGGCGGCGCGAGCAGGAGUCCGACUCGGUGUCGCAGCGGUCCGUGCAGAGCCACCACUCCGCCUCCACGCGCCAGAGUAACACCACCUCCAACGCCACGCCGUCCCUGCUGGACAGCAUGGGCUCGACGGACACGAUGGCCACCAGCGACGCGGCGUCGACGGCGCCGAGCGCGGCUACCUCGGCCAGCGUGCGCGGCAUGUGCGGCAGCCUGGCCUCGUUCGACACGUCGUCCGUGCUCAACACCGAGGGCGUGCCGCUGCUGGAGGAGAACGAGACCGAGCUGGAGAACGCCGAGCAGCAGGACUCGGUCUCCUGCGGCAAGGCGUCCACCGGCGACGCCGCCUCUAACAAGUAACGCCGCGGCGCCGGUCGGCUGACGCCGCGCCCCGCACCCCGGCGCUGAGGGCGAACGACCGGUGGAGCGACGCCAGCGAGCGCCGACGGACGGGAGGCGAGCGCGUCCCUUCUGACCGGCCUGCAGCGACGGCGCCUCAAGAGAGAGAGAGAGAGCGCGAGAGUCUCGUGACCGGGCGUGCCUGCGGUCUGCCGCCGACCGGCACGUGCUGGCACCCCGCAGCUCCCAGCGAGCCGGCUCUGUGGUUUGACCUUUUCCCGGCCGUGGACCCCGACCGUCGCCUUUGGACCGGAUCAGCGUCAUAAGCGAGCUCGUGGUCGCACUCACAGCUUUAACGAGAUUAUCACAAGAUCAAACGGGCCUCCGUCACGGACCCCGGUCUUUCGAGUCGAGUCGAGGUGGUGGCGGCGGCGGCUGCUGCAGCCGUCUUUGUAUGUAUUUCAGCGCGGGCGCCUCCAGUGAGAGGCCGACACCUUGCGCGGCCUGUAUUGUGACCGCAACAGUUGCUGUACCCCUCCGGCAGCCGCUAGAUCGGGAGACCUGCUCAGCUCGUGUUGACCGGUCCCGUCGGCGCGCUCUGCCUGGCCCUCACUCCCAGCGCCAUCGGCGGCGGCCCAGGCCCGGUGUCCCAGUUAUCGGCCGCCCGGUCAGCCCGCUGGCAGCCGGUGGCGUGCCGUGUCCGCCAGUGGUUGUGGCAGGACGUCUGAGUCGCUGUGUCGGUGCCGGCAAGCGGUCCGCGGUGGCUUGACCAUGCACCCGUCGGUCCAUGCCCGACAGACCUGCGGAUGUGCUGUCUGGGCAGCGCUCACAAUUGCCCUAUGCUGUCUGGGCGACGCUCACAGCUGCCCCGGCGGGGUGUGCUGUCUGGGCGGCGCUCACAGCUGCCCCGGCAGGGUGUGCUCACUGGACGUCGCUCACCGUUCCUCGGCAGCGUGUGCUGUCUGGGCUGCCCUGACAGCUGCCCCGGCAGC